GUCGUGUCAAAGGCAACUUUCAUCAAAACUCCGUUAUUCUAGUUUCGAGAUUCAUAAUCAAACAAAAGCAAUAGACCCCUCCAAGAAAUAGGGAAAAAAACUUAAAAGAGGGAAAAAAAAAAAUUGAACAAUAUUCUCUGUGUCCUUCUUUCUCCUCCUCUCAGUUUGAAGGAGAGAAACCGGUUCUGGGCCAUCUUGGAUAUCCACUAAUAUUUUUCAUCAGAUUUAGAUGCCAGAUAUUGAAUUUGAUAUUCUUGAUUUGGCUGUUUUGUGUAGCUGGAUUCAUUCAUUUUGCGAGAUCUAAUUCUGGGUUCCUGUGGUCAUAUCUUGAGAAAAAAAAUUGGGUUGAAGAAUUUGCUUUGUAGAUCCAUGGAAUUAGGGUUUGAAAUUUGAAAGUGCAUUGAUUGUUAUAUUUUUUGGCUCAGACAAUUGAUGUAUCUUGUUUUUACUGAAGAAGAGGAUUGGCUUGUGAACAUAGGGUUUGUUCUCAGGCCACUGGUUUUGCCUAUUGAGCAGAGAAUAUUUUCAUUUUGCAUUCCUAGAGAUAGAUGGGAUAAGGAGUUUUAUCAAUUGCCGGGGGGAUAAUUAGUUUACAAAAAUAAAUAAAUAGAAGUUCUUUUCUUAAGUAAUUUGAUUGGAUAAUUUGAGGAUUGCCGAUAUGGGUUCUUCGCAAGAAUCUGCUUUUACGGCAAACGUGAGAGAUUUUGCUGAUAAAUCAUCUGCCUGUCAAGAGGUUAAGUACAUGGAUAGUGUGCCUGUCUAUGUGAAAGAGUUGAUUGCAGGAGGGACUGCUGGUGCAUUCGCGAAAACUGCAGUUGCGCCUUUGGAACGAAUUAAAAUCCUUUUGCAGACAAGAACUGAAGGUUUUCGUUCCCUUGGAAUUUAUCCAUCUCUAAAGAAGCUACUGAAGCAUGAUGGUGUUUCAGGAUUUUAUAAAGGAAAUGGAGCUAGUGUCCUUCGAAUUGUUCCAUAUGCGGCACUUCAUUUUAUGACUUAUGAACAAUAUCGGUCUUGGAUUUUGAGUAACUACUCAACCUUAGGAACUGGACCUGUAGUAGAUCUUUUGGCUGGUUCGGCAGCUGGAGGAACUGCAGUUUUAUGCACUUAUCCGUUAGAUUUGGCUCGUACUAAACUUGCUUACCAGGUUACGAACACCAGAGGGAAUUUGCAGAGGGGGUCAAGAAGCUUGCCUGCUCAACCUGAAUAUAGUGGCAUAAAAAAUGUGAUACAGACCGUCUACAAAGAAGGGGGAGUUCGUGGUCUUUAUCGGGGCAUAGGUACAUAAUCAUGCUGCGUAACUAUUCUUUACUUGCAAUAUAUUCAAUAUUUUGCCUCUAACCAUUAGGUAAAUACCAUGUUUAUCUAUUGACUGAUAAUUUUAAUUCAAAAUGGAUUGACGGUGUCCAUGGUCUAUGAUGCUCGCACUUUCUAAUCCGGCCGGAGUACCUGUGUCGACACGACACGGGUACGGGUAUGAGAUAUGGGGUGGACAUGCCGCUUUGCAACUGGACACAGCAUGGUGCAGAAAGGCGGCGGCGCUAAUGGAGAAAACAUCCGACAAAAUUCACGGCCAUGAUUCAUCAUCAUCAACAGCGGUAGAAAAUUUUGGGGGUUUACAUAUGAGUAUUCGGAAAGCGAGAACAAAGUAAAAAAGCUGUCGCAUAGAGGACGGAGAUAGUAGGCGAUUGUGAAAAUGAGGCAGCAGUGGGAAUGGAUGUAGGGUAACGUAGAGUUAAAAAGGCAUAGGGACAAUUUCCAGAACAGCCCACCUAAUUAGGUUAAAUAAAAAAGAGUGUGUAUAGGUGGAAGCACUAAAUUUAAGAGUUUCUUAGGCUUCCUAUUUCUUGGCCCAUUUCUCCAACUGCCCAACUAGCUGGGUUAAGAAAAAAGAGGUGGUCUUCUCCAAUUUAUACCUUAAGACUAGAGGUUGCCUCUUUUCCAAUUCGCCAAUUAAA